GCUGACGCGUCCCUCUUCUCCUCGUACACCGACGUGUCAGUGUUCUUGUGUCCAGAGCUGAGCAGCAGUCAGGCCGGUCAAUCCGCAGACAUGGCUCCCAAAGGCAGCAACAAGCAGCAGUCAGAGGAAGACCUUCUCCUCCAGGACUUCAGCAGAAACCUUUCAGCAAAGUCCACCGCUCUCUUUUACGGAAAUGCACUCAUCGUUUCUGCCAUCCCCAUCUGGCUGUUUUGGAGGAUUUGGCACAUGGACCUUGUCCAGUCUGCAGUUCUGUACGCUGUGAUGACUCUGGUCAGCACCUACCUGGUGGCUUUUGCCUACAAGAACGUCAAGUUUGUUCUCAAACACAAAGUUGCCCAGAAACGUGAGGAUGCCGUUUCCAAGGAGGUAACCAGGAAGUUGUCUGAGGCAGACAACCGCAAGAUGUCCCGCAAGGAGAAAGACGAGAGGAUCCUGUGGAAGAAGAACGAGGUCGCCGACUACGAGGCCACCACCUUCUCCAUCUUCUACAACAACACUCUCUUCCUGGUUCUCGUCAUCAUCGCCUCCUUCUUCUUGCUCAAGAACUUCAACCCCACCGUCAACUACAUUCUGUCCAUCAGUGCCUCAUCAGGACUGAUCGCUCUGCUGUCCACAGGCUCCAAGUAAAGGAGGACAAAAAGAGGGGAGAAAAAAGAUGGAGGGAUGAUGGGGUGGGAUUGGGUUGGGAGUGGGUCAAAAAUGGGUAUUCAAUACAUUGUUGUUCACUUCAAGUUAGGAAUGGGGUUGAGGGGGGACGGAAUAUCACAUUUCAACUUCAUGAAAUUCAUGAUCAAAUGUCUGGAGGGUGUUUCUCCAGGUCUUUCUUCUGUUUUUUGUAACAAAUAAAGCAAACAGGUAUACUUGU